AUGGCCUCCAGUCUCACCGACUGGCUCAACGCCGGGAGGUACCUCGAUGUCCUACUGAGCGACGCCGCGGGGCAUCUCAUCGACGAGUUCGUCAACUCUUUACCAAUACCGCCACGGCAAGACAACGAUGCCACCAACCACGUCAAAUCCACCACCGGUGCGAAUACCACAGCUGUGUCGGCCCAAGACACGUUAGAGGUCGGCCUGGCGGCCCUGAAUGCCUUCCUGCAGGGGAAUGUCACGGGGCCGGUGCUGGACGAGAAGGCGCUGCAUCGGGUGGAGAGCCGGUUCUACCUGGCGGCUGCUGCUUCUGCUUCUGGGAAGAAGGAAGGGGGUGAGGAAGGGGGAGCGUUGGUUCAGCAACAGCAGCAACAGCAGCAACAGCAACAGCGGGGGGUGAGGAAAGCGUGCCUGCGCUGGCUCGACGUGGAUGGCGUGUCGGUCUAUGAGCAUGUGCCGAUGAUCGAGGUGUUCUGCCUGGCUCGGCAUGUAUUCGUCGCGUCAGGGACGCCGGCUGCACGGGGGGCGGGUCACGACGAGACGGUUGUUGGGGUUGCAGAGGCCGCUGCGAAGUCGCCCGAGUGGCUUGCCCUGCGGGUGCGUGUCUGGCAUUACAAGCUGUUGACCCAGCCCAGCUUGGGACCUGGGUCGGUGUUUAACAAAGCCUCGCAGUGGUGUGACGUGCCGACUUUGCAGGGAGCUAUUGAGAAGGGGCUGAGGGCGUUGGAGGAGGAGAUUGUCGAGAGCGGGAAAGGGUGGAGCGACCCGGAGAAGGUGCAGUUCCUGGUAGAAGAGGCCAACGUUUGCAUCUCGCUGGGGCUGGACCGCAAGGCCAAGGAGGCGCUUCAGAAGGCAACCGGGCUCAGUGGGUUCGUUUACGCAUUAUCAGGUGCGCUGGGGAAGAGGACAAAGUUCCAGGAAAAGAGCACCAGCCAGCUUGUGGUGCUGGCCAAGAGCGGGGAGGGUGCGAGACCCGACGACGAGCAAGUCAAGCCGCAGGCACUCGCUCUCAACGACGACACUCUACUGGAGGAUCUCGAAUUUUCCAAGGAUAAGUCAGAAGGAGACCUGAAGUCCGAGCUACCGGUGCAAUUAAGAAACAUGUCGCCGGAUGAGCAACCACAACUGUCACCCAUGGACCAGAUCAUCCUUCUCGCCGAGGCAACAGUAAAGGAUGCUUUCUCCCCCGCCGACACCCUCACAUCGGAGGAGGUGCUUCCAUUCGCUGUCCGCGUCAUCUCAGACAAGACCACCAACUGGCAAAUCUACACCCACGCACUGCUAGUACGGUCAAGGAUCGAGAUGCACCGCAGUAGGACUCUCGAGCGAGGCGUGCUCCAGAUGCAGGCUGUAGUCGACCAAGUCAUUGUCGACACCACUCAGCCAACCGAAGACACCCCUGAACCAGUUCAAGAGUUAGAGACCGCUGUUCCCGAGAUCAAGAUUACGGCAGACCGUGACGAAGCCACCAAGCCGGACAACAAACCGACCUCCUUCUUCCCCGCCGCGAAACCGACGGAAUCCGCCCCAGCACAGGUCCGCCUUGAGCACAUACACGCCCUGAGCUCCCCACCCAGGUGGCAUCUCGAGUCAGAGCUCGCUUACUCGUGGGCCGGCGUCGGUUCGUUGGUUUCGGCUCUCGAAAUAUUUAAGCGGCUCCGUCUGUGGGCCGAAGUGGCUCUGUGCUAUGCUAGUAACGCUGCCAAAGAGGACGAGGAUGGACGGGGGAGUAGCGGGGAGGCGAAGGCCAAGGCCAUUCUGCGGUGGCGUUUAUAUCACAAGACCGGGACGUCGCCGGAGCAGCAGGAUGAUGGCAGCGAGGUGGAGGAGGUGGAUGUGGAUGAGCUGAAGGAGGCAGACUACCACGGCCCAGAGCGCCAACCCGCGCCCCCUAACGCGCCUCGUCUAUGGUGCAUCCUCGGUGACAUCGAGGACGACCCCGCGCACUACGAGCGAGCCUGGGAGCUUUCAAAGCACCGGUUCGCCAGGGCGCAAAAGUCACUCGGCGAGUACUACUUGCAGAAGAAGGACAUCGAGCGUGCAAGGGACGCCUACAAAAAGGCCGUUACCGUCAACCGGCUCAGCUCGGAGCUAUGGAACCGGAUGGGCGACAUCAGCCUACGGCUCGGGGACUUCUCCGACGCCGCCGAGGCAUUCGGCAGGGCCAUCGCCUCCUCCGACAACCUUACCGGCGGUGAAGACGCCCGCACAUGGAGCAACCUAGGCAGCGCCUUCUACAGCCUCUACGUGGAGCGUGUCCAGGAACUCAAGCAGCAAAAGGAGAACGGCGACAAGACCGACGACGAGCCGGCCACCACCACCACUGCCCCAUCAGCAGCAGCGGUCGACGACGACGACAACGAACCCACCCCCUCCAAGCCGACGCAGCCGGACCCCUCGGCCCUCCUCGCGCAGUCCCUCGCGGCCUACAAGCGCGGCGCCAGCAUCGCCCACGACAACUGGCGCAUCUGGGACAACGUCGUCACCCUCGCCGCCCGCCUGCGGCCCGUCCCCGUGCCCGACCUCCUCCUCGCCCUGCGCAGCAUCGCCCGCAUCCGCCCCUCCGAGGACGCCCUCGACAUCGACGUCCUACGCCUACUGCUCAACGAGGCCGUGCUCGCGCCCGAGAAGCCCGCCCCUUCUGCGAGUGCGGCGACCACCGCCGCCGCUGGUGACGGUGCCGGUGCCGGUGGGAAGGCGGCGGUGUAUGAGCCGCCGCGGGGCACGCCGCAGCGGGCCGUGUGCGACUUCCUCGAGGGCACGGUCGUGCCGCUCGUCACGGCGCGGUCGGAGCUGUGGGAGCUGGUGGCGCGCGAGCGCGUGUGGCGCGCCGACUACGCGGGCGCCGUCGACGCCUCGGAGCGGGCGUGGCGCGCUGCUGUGGGCGGGGCCGCGGCGGGGGGUGGGCUGUUGCCGUCUUCGGGGGGGGAUGGGAAGGGGGAUGGGCGGAGCUGGUUGGAGGAUCGGGAGGGCUGGCGGGCGGUGGUGGAGCGCACGGAUGACUUGGUCUCGAUGCUGGAGAACUAUGGGGAGGAGGUGGCCGAGAUCGGCACCAGGUGGAAGGGCAAGGCCAGAAGUGCUGUCCGGAGUGUCAUGGGCAAGGCCAAGGAGAGCUGGGAAGGGAGUGAGGAGUGGGAGAGGCUGGUGGCCUUGUUGGAGGGUUUGAGAUGA